GAGUCGGCGAGGGGUUCGCGGGCGAGCGGCGGGCCGGCGAGCGAGCGCGAGUGGGCCGCAGGAGCGGGGCGCGGCGGGGCGCCGAGGAGGCCCCGAGCCGGAGCGGGCAGCGGAGCCGGGGCCCCACCCCCACUCGGCCGGACCGGGCCGGUGUUCCCCCGUGCGGGGGGCGGCGGCGGCUGACGGGACCGACGGGCCCCGACGGCCCCGGGGGUGUUGGCACCUCCGCCGAGGAACCGGCGCGGCCGCGGGCUCCUCAGAGGCGGGCCGAGGACCGGAGGGAGGCGACGGGGAGGCGGCGGCGGCGGCGACACCAUGUCAUCCCCCAGCCCGGGCAAGAGGCGGAUGGACACGGACGUGGUCAAGCUCAUUGAGAGUAAACACGAAGUUACCAUCCUGGGAGGACUCAAUGAGUUCGUAGUGAAGUUUUAUGGACCACAAGGAACACCGUAUGAAGGCGGAGUAUGGAAAGUCAGAGUGGAUCUUCCUGAUAAAUACCCUUUCAAAUCGCCAUCUAUAGGAUUCAUGAAUAAAAUUUUCCACCCCAACAUUGAUGAAGCGUCAGGAACUGUGUGUCUAGAUGUAAUUAAUCAGACUUGGACAGCUCUCUAUGAUCUUACCAACAUAUUUGAGUCCUUCCUGCCCCAGUUGCUGGCCUAUCCAAACCCCAUCGAUCCUCUCAAUGGGGAUGCCGCCGCCAUGUACCUCCACCGGCCUGAAGAAUACAAGCAGAAAAUUAAAGAGUACAUCCAGAAGUACGCCACGGAGGAGGCUCUGAAGGAACAGGAAGAAGGCACCGGGGACAGCUCGUCCGAGAGCUCCAUGUCUGACUUUUCCGAAGACGAGGCCCAGGAUAUGGAGUUGUAGUAGAAACAGCACCUGCUUUUCAGAAAGACUAUUAUUUCCUAACCAUGAGAAGCAGACUAUAAUAUUCAUAUUUAAACAAAGCAAUUUUUUUUAUUACUAAACAAGGUUUUUAUGAAUAAUAGCAUUGAUAUAUAUAUAUUAUAUAUCACCCUUUAGAUCUUGA